ACACGCAAAAAUUAGGCGCGAUGUGGCGGGAAAGAAUCACCCCCAAUUCGCGUUUAUAAAUACGUCAUCUCAUUCAAUUCAUCUAUCUCCAAUUCGUUCAUUCAUUUUCCGCUCGCAUCAAUUAAAAAAUCUACAUCUCUCUCAGGGUUAGGGUUUUACCAAAAAAAAAAAAAUGGGGAAGAGACGCAAAUCUAGGGUUUCGGAGGAGCACAUUGAGGAAGAAGACGAAGAAAUGGAAGAGGAGGAGGAUCGGGAAUAUCUCAACGGAUCUUCUUCCUCAAAUGAGAAAAGCUUGUACGAGAUUCUUGGCGUAGACAAAGCUGCAACUCAGCAAGAAAUAAAGAAAGCUUAUCACAAGUUGGCUCUGCGCCUGCAUCCAGAUAAGAAUCCUGAUGAUGAGGAGGCCAAGGAGAAAUUUCAGCAGUUACAACAGGUUAUAUCAAUUCUUGGUGACGAGGAGAAACGUGCAGUAUAUGACCAGACUGGUUGUGUUGAUGAUGCUGAUCUAGCAGGAGAUGUCAUCCAGAACUUGCGGACAUUUUUCCGAGCCAUGUUUAAAAAGGUCACGGAGGUUGAUAUUGAAGAGUUUGAAGCAAACUACAGAGGCUCUGAUUCAGAGAAAAAAGAUUUGCUCGAGCUGUAUAAAAAAUUGAAGGGCGAUAUGGGAAAGUUUUUCUGCUGCAUGCUUUGCUCCGAUCCUAUGCUAGAUUCACACCGCUACAAGGAUAUCAUUGAUGAGGCUAUUUCUGCAGGAGAUUUGAAGUCAACCAAAGCGUAUGAGAAAUGGGCCAAGAAAGUAUCGAAAACAAAACCUCCUACAAGUCCAUUGAGACGCAGAAAGAAAUCGAAGAAAAACUCGGAAGAUUUGUAUGCAAUAAUAGCUCAACGGCAAACCGAGAGGAAGGGCAAGAUUGAUUCGAUGUUCUCUACUCUAGUUCAAAAAUACGGUGGGUCUGAAGUAGCUCCAGAGCCAAGUGAAGAAGAAUUCGAAGCUGCUCAAAGGAAACUUGAAAAGCGAAGAGCUUCAAAACGAAAGUAACUCCCUUUUACUUCCUACUUCGACUCUUAAAAUAUUUGAAUUAUCUGCUUUCCAUCUGCAUGAUAAAUGUAAAAUUAUGGAUCUUCUUCGUUUACAAUGUCGUUCAAGGCAAUUUUGUUGAAUCUAAAUCAUGCUGGCUGAAUAUUUAGAACUGUUGCGUAUAUUUUUCAUUCUUGUUUCGUAAUUUAUGCCCGGAUUGAAGUCAGAUUAUGCGAUUUUUGGACA